AUGAAGGUUAAGAUUCUUCAGUGGCAUGCGGUGGCUUCUUGGACAUGGGACGCCCAAGAUGAGACAUGUGGCAUAUGCAGGAUGGCAUUUGAUGGCUGCUGCCCUGAUUGUAAGUUCCCUGGUGAUGAUUGCCCACUCAUUUGGGGUGCCUGCAAUCAUGCUUUCCAUCUUCACUGCAUACUCAAGUGGGUGAACUCUCAAACAUCAACCCCCCUUUGCCCCAUGUGCCGUAGAGAGUGGCAGUUCAAGGGCUAAUUGGCAUGUCAAAGUAUGUCAGCACCAGGUGUGUUCUUAGCUCAUAUAAAGCUGGAAUGGGUUUUAAGCUGGAAUGUAGUUAUGUUGUCUUGUAAGGGUUCUGUAGUAGUUUCUGGAAAUCAGGAGGAUCGGCAUCAUUUAAGUCAAACUGUGAGGCCGUGAGCCACAGCUAUUGUGUCUUUCCAAGUUUCUGACCGAGCAAAUGCAAUGAUUAAAUUUGAAA